UGGGUGUCCUGUGUGCUUUAGUUGAUCAGUGUUACAGUCUUCAUUAAAAGUGUAAAUUGGAAAAUGCCAUUGUGUAGGAGGGUUCUUCAACUUUUCAAGACACUGCAUAGAACUAGACAGGAAGUUUUUAGAGAUGAUGGUGAAGCUCUAGAAGCUGCAAGACAGAAGAUAAAUGAAGAGUUCAAGAAACACAGAGCAGAAAUCUCUUCAGAGAGAGUACAUGAGCUGAUGAAACAUGGAGCCGAUGUGGAAGUUUUUCUCAGGACAUCAGUUGUACAGGCAGCGCACACUGACAACAACAGACUCUUGCUUCGACCCAGGCCUUCUGUUUUUCAAGAAAAUGUUCCAUACUGUGAUACUCCACCACAAAAGACAUAAUCAUAGACUGUGUGCUGGAUGACAGAAUAAUAAUGCAAUACAGGACGGAAUAAAGAAUCUGGGGACAAAAUGCAGCAUUGAAGAAUAAUUUUUCAAAAACUUUUAAAGCAUACCUCUUAGCAUCUAAGCACAACAAUUCUGG